AUGGAUGACUCUCAACGUUUAUCGUCAUCUAAGUAUAUAGUAGCGGAAAAGUGGAGACUUGUACGAAAAAUCGGAAGUGGAUCAUUUGGUUCUAUAUUUUUGGGGGUUAACAUCGUUACGGGAGAGGAAGUAGCAAUAAAAAUGGAGCGUGUACGCACACGACAUUGUCAACUGUAUUUUGAAAGUAAAGUGUAUCGAGUACUGCGAGAAACUCCAGGAAUACCUCGUAUUCAGUUUUAUGGACUUGACGGCGUUAGAAAUCUAUAUCAUGCUAUGGUAAUAGAACUUUUAGGACCUAGCUGGAGGAUCUUUUUACGUUUUGUGGUCGCAGAUUCACAAUGA